AUGAAGCGAGUACUUCUGCUUUUCUGUUCUUUGAGCUUUGUUCAUGGCCUUAUAAGAGUGCCUCUGAUGAAGAUGUCUACUAUGAGGAGUCAUUUAAGAGCAGCUAACCAGCUAAAGGACUUUAUGAAGGACCAUCAGGUGGAUGCUUUCUCUCGUCGCUAUGCCCAGUGUUACCCGACUAACUUAGCAUCUCUUGAACCUGGAAAAGUAGCAGAAAGACUCUACAACUUUAUGGAUGCACAAUACUAUGGACAGAUCAGUCUGGGAACCCCAGAGCAGAACUUCACUGUGGUCUUUGACACUGGAUCUGCUGAUUUGUGGGUGCCUUCAUCUUACUGUGUCAGUCAAGCAUGUGCUGCACAUCAUAGGUUCAAGGCUGUGGAGUCGAGCACCUAUGUUCAUGACGGCCGGGUCUUUGGCAUUCACUAUGGCUCUGGACACCUGCUGGGUGUGAUGGCUAAAGAUAUCCUGAGGGUUGGCUCUAUGGUUCUGCCGGAUCAGGUGUUUGGGGAGUCAGUGUAUGAGCCAGGCAUGUCCUUUGUCAUGACCAGGUUUGAUGGUGUUUUGGGCCUCAGUUACCCCUCGCUGGCUGAGGAACUUGGAGCGCCUGUAUUUGACAACAUGAUGAACCAAAACAAACUGGAAAAGCCUAUAUUCUCCUUCUACCUUCGCAAGAAUGGCAAAAUUACUGCUAUAGGAGGAGAACUGUUGCUGGGAGGUGUGGAUGAAGAGCUCUACAUUCCUCCCAUUAACUGGCUCUCAGUCACUCUAAAAGGCUACUGGCAGAUCAAAUUAGAUACAGUAAAGGUUCAGGGAAGUGCUACAUUUUGCCACUCUCACAGUUGCCAGGUGAUUGUUGACACGGGAACAACGCUCAUCAGUGGACCAACAGUGUACAUCCUGAUCCUUCAGCAGCUCAUUGGAGCUACACCUUCUUCCAUAGGAGAGUAUCUUGUUGAUUGCACCAGGAUCAGCAGUUUGCCUGUGGUGUCUUUUGUGCUUAAUGGAGUGGAGUAUGCUCUCAGAGCAGAUGCCUACAUUCGCAGAGAUACAUUGAAUAAUGAGGAAAUUUGUAUAAGCGGCUUUCAAGCGAUGGAUAUCAUGUCUGCAUUCGGCCCUAUCUGGAUUCUUGGGGACAUUUUCCUCUCGCAGGUUUACAGUAUCUAUGACAGGGGUGAGGACCGGGUUGGCUUUGCUCGACUCUCUGACAAGGCCACAAGUCUCAAUAUUUAGUAAAAGCGGGUGUCAGAUUCACUCACCUCCUUCUUAUGUUCUUAUUGGUGUGACAUUUAGAUAUAUUUAAUCGGGAAAAUUAUGCACGAGGACUGUCUGUUCUUCAUAACUGUGAGAAUCAAUUUAUCAAGCAAUUAAGCAGUUUGACUAAUUUAAACUAGCAUCCCAGAAUUUGUCCAUUAACUUCAGUAUUUUAAUUGCAUUCAUUUUUUUUUUUCCAGGUAAAUAGUGAUGACUAAUUAAAUAAUAAUAAGAUGGGUGUUUAUGUCCAAGCUUUUUCACAUGAUUUGAGGUGUUAAUUUCAGUACUUAAGAAUAAUAAAGGUCUUCCUUUUAUUUACUGGUGGCUUUUUGUGUGUUUAGUGUGCAUAUUUGUCAGGAGUAAGUUUCAUUUAAGUAAGUUAGAACAUUUGUGCUGUCUAAUGAAUGAGAGGAGCUUAUAUG